AUGAUAAUAUAUCAUCCCAAUAUUGAUGAAGAUGGAUCAAUUUGUGUUGAUUUAUUAAAAACUGAUGUCUGGAAGCCAUCAACAAAGAUUACACAAGUUCUUAAAUCUAUUGCCAGUCUUCUUGAACAUCCUAAUCCUGACGAUGCUUUAGUGGCCUCUAUUGCUGAAAUUUAUAAUACAAACAAGUCAAAAUUUGAUAAAACUGCUAAAGAUUUUGUGAAAAAGUAUGCAUCGUAG